AUCAUUUGGCUUGUAAUAUGCAUUAAAUACAUUCAUAGACCUUUACAUUAAAAACUGACGAUUUAAAAACGCUGACUGUAUCACUUCCGCAAACAGAAAACAGAAUGGACCAAUCAAUAUAGGGAAGCACGGCAAGCAGGUAAAUGAUUGGACACAGUCUAGCCAAUCAGAGUUGGCUUAGAUAUGCAGCAGUUUUAUUGGUCACCCGGGAAUGACGCGUCACGGGAAUCAGGAAGUAAAUCGCUCUGUUUACAUCCAGCGCUGAAAUGUGAUCACGUGUUGCAUUUUCUUCGUUCAACAUCCUGUUCAUUUAUAAGUAAUUGGCAUUGUUUUCAGACAUUUUGCAGAUCCAUGGGAAACACAGAAAGUGCUGUAGUGCAGAAACGGCUGGUCCGUUUUCGUCCCGAUGAGCGACCUGUUAUUGAAGGGGUCUUUGACAGACUUAAGAGCAUCAGCAGCUUGUCUGGGCCUCCCGGAAAAGAGGAGGUUUUAUACAUAGACACGCUGAAGAUAACUAUGGGUAAAAUGGCUUCAGACUCAAUGAUUAUGCGAGUCUUUGAGGGAAUCUGCAGUAUUGACCCUGGAGUGUCUGUGCCACCUGGUGGUGGGGUAAGUCGAGAGCGGCUGGUGAUCUUCCUGGCAGAUGCUCUUCGGGGCACAGCAGAGGAGAGAGCACCGCUUGUCAUGGCGAUGGCACACAGGACCAAAGCAACAGUUACGACUGAUCAGAUAAGAGAAUUUUUAGAGGACUUGGUUUCAGCUGUAGUUCAGACUCUCACACAUAGGGGACGUCUGCGAGGAUGGAGACCAGAUCGCAUGGGUCAUGGUGCUCAGGGGGUGAAGCUUUUGGCCGAGCAGUUGAGCUCGGAGUUAAAAACCUCAGAUCAGGACGUGUGUGACGUUGCUUGUCUCGAGGACUGGCUAUUUCGAGUCUCGGGUGUGUCAACAUUCCUGGAGCUCCUGAUUGGUGAGGGUCUUGAUGUUGGAUUGACCUCGCGCCCACCUCCCACUCUGCUACCCAAGUGCCGAGACACUCCCUGGACCGAGCUGCGCUGUCUUCUAGAUAUACCACUUCUCAUGUUCCUGACCUCUCAGUUGCCUGCAGGACACACUGCCCCCUGGAGGCUGUUGUUUUCCACCAAUGUACACGGUGAAAGCUUUACCCGCCUGGUUGGAAAUUGUAAAAACCGGGGCUCCACUGUGUUACUGGUGAAAGACACCAAGGGCCACAUAUUUGGAGGCUUUGCUUCUCACAGCUGGGAGCUCAAACCUCAGUUUCAGGGUGAUUCCAGGUGCUUCCUGUUUUCUGUGUCACCAUCUAUGCGAGUGUUCACAAGUACCGGCUAUAACAAGCACUACAUGUACCUGAACCAGGGCCAGCAAACCAUGCCCAAUGGUCUGGGUAUGGGUGGACAGCAUGGAUACUUCGGUUUGUGGCUGGAUGGCGAUUUUGGCCGUGGUCACAGUCGAGCUCGUCCACGCUGUACCACAUACGGUAGUCCUCAACUCUCAGGGGAUGAGGACUUCACAGUGGACACAGUGGAGGUGUGGGGAGUCGGUGUGCCUCCUGAGGAACAGGAACAGGAUGAGAAUAAAAAGAGUGUUCUGGACAUCGAUCCUGAGGUGCAGGCUAUAAUGGAGAUGACUGGGAAAACCCUGCACAGCCAAGGCCUCCGAGAACCAGAAGAAGAUGAUGGAUGAGGAAGAGAGGAUGAAAAAAGACAGAGAAUGGAUGGAUUUAUGCAACACAUAAAAAACCCUGGUGCUGCUUUUACAUGGAUGGGUUGGGGGACAAAAAAUAUGUAGUCUUUAUACUUUUUUCUAUAAUUUCAUAAUAUAAUAAAGUCAAGAGGUGCAAUAUGUAGCAAGGUAUAUAGAUAUUGUUGAAGCUGUCAUGCUGAUUUAUAAAGGAAUGGAGCUGGUUUCCGUCUAUAUGAAGAAAAUGCAGAAGCUCUAAUGAGUUGUUGAAUAAUGUUUAAUGUAGUAAUAAAUAUGUUUGGUGACACUAUUCAGAGGAAGAAUCCACCCUGAACGACUUGUAUAUUAAAAAAUUAUCAUUAACAUGCGAUCUUCAGUAGCGUCCAAUAUUUAUUUUGUAAUGAAAUUCUGCGUCGAGUUUUUUUAGUUUAAACUUCUUUCAUCGAUAAGUCUGGUCUGUCUUCACUUUGGUUAAUAGUUUUGUCCAUUACCCACACCACAAUUUGAGUCCCACAUUUGCUGUCUCCACUAUUUCUAAGUUGAAUUUCUUGUUAUGACGUUACAGGUUGCUGGAAAAUGAUUCGUGAGAAAAGAAGCUCUUGCUAGUUUGUUUUUAGUAGCUAGUGAACGGACUGUUACCUGACUUUUAGCCCUUAAGUUUCGGAUCGUAGAUUUUUUUUUUUCUCGUAUUAAGUGCCAUUGUAACUGCAUUAGCAGUGUGACGUCAGCGUGACCAUGAACUUCUCGCGGGAAUAACGAAAAUACAGCACCAACCAAUAAAUUAGAACCAGAAUCACUAAAUAAAUCACAAACGUUUAAACAUAAGCAUAUUUAAUGUGUUUCAGGGUGGACUUUUCCUUUAAAGGGACUAGAUUUAUACAUUUCAGUAUUACAGUGUUGCAUUUCAGUGUUGCAUAGUAAGUGUCUUAUUCUUUAAAAAAAAACAACAACAACAAUUUGAUGAUUCUUGAAGGAAUUCACAGGUACAUGCAGUAGACAAAGCUUAUACAAUGAAAUGUUGUGUUUUUGUAGAGGUUAGAUAUGAUUCCUAUCUAACUGCUCUAAAAUGUCACCACCCACAUCUGAAUGUCACACUUUCCAGCCACACAUAGGGGGAAAUGUUUAAGCCAUCAUUCUUUUGUUUACCUUUACCUAAAUAUUUGACAGUGAAUUACUCUGUAAUUACAGGACACACUACUGAUAAUUCACACACACUCCAGAAGUCAGCUCAGAAACCUUUCAGUUUCCUGAUGCAUAUAUCCAGUAGUGUUCUUUCUCUUUACUAUAUUAAAAAAAAAAAAAAAAACAAGAAUGUUUUUAGCUUUAUAUCAAAAUUUCAAGGUCUGAGGUGUAUCAUUUACAGUUCAUUCAUAUGUUCAGUUUCCUGAUGCAUAUAUCCAGUAGUGUUCUUUCCCUUUCCUAUGUUAAAAAAACAAAACAAAACAAAACAAAAAAAAAAACAAGGAUGGUUUUAGCUUUAUAUCAAAAUUUCAAGGUCUGAUGUGCAUCAUUUACAGUUCAUUCAUAUGUUCAGUUUCCUGAUGCAUAUAUCCAGUAGUGUUUUUUCCCUUUCCCAUGUUAAAAAAAAACAAAU